AUGGGCCUUUCACCUUGUCAUUGUCAUUAUACUGAAGCUGUUGCAUCAUUCCGAUACCGCCGAGUUCACACUAGUGUUACGAGCUGUCGGCGUAUAUCUCGGCAUGCUUUCCCAACAAGCCGAAUCAUAGAUGCCUUUGCCUUCGGCUCACCAGUAUCUUCAAGUUCUUGCACAGGCUCCAGUGGCACCAUUGAUGUAGGUCUAUGCAGUACGCUUGCGGUCAAACGCGCAGCUAUUGAUACCACGCACGGAAUCGGCAAAACUCUCGCAUCCAUUUCUAUUGCGUAUUCCGUGGCUAAUGCAGCACCUCUUCGAUCAUGCUUUAACCUCGUUUGCUGGGUCAUCGGGUGUUUCUGCGAGAUCAAGUUAAUGUUAAAGGCGAAGACACGUACUAGAUCUCGAUUGGCGUGGUGUCACCGUUUGGAUGAGUAUCUUGCCUUCAGAGAGCCCGCCCAGAGCAUCGAGUACGCUAACCUCUUCCUUGUGAGCACUGGUUGGCACUUUUCAGUAGCCUUAGGAUUGGCCACGAUUGUCGAGCGAUAA